GCAAACAUAAAUAAAAGUAUACUUCUUUCGUUGAGUACUUUGAAGCUUAUAAAAUAUUAUAUGGUGAAUUAAAUGUUGUAACAUGUACAUAAAGUCUAUUAUUUUGGAAGGAUUUAAAUCCUACGGACACCGAACGGAAAUAUCGGGAUUCGACCCUUCGUUUAACGCGAUCACCGGUUUAAAUGGAAGCGGUAAAUCAAAUAUUCUAGAUGCGAUAUGCUUCCUACUCGGCAUCACCAAUUUGGCUCACGUAAGAGCUCACAGCCUUCAAGAAUUAAUUUUCAAAAGCGGCCAGGCAGGAAUACACAAGGCCACAGUCUCUAUCGCAUUCGAUAACACAAAUCCUGCACAAUGUCCGCCUGGCUUCGAGGAUUUUAACGAAAUUGUUGUAACAAGACAGAUUGUAAUGGGCGGGAAAAAUAAGUACAUGAUAAACGGUACGAACGUACCCAAUAAGAAAGUUCAGGAUCUGUUUUGUGCUGUACAACUGAACGUAAAUAACCCUCAUUUUUUAAUUAUGCAAGGAAAAGUUACCAAAGUUUUGAAUAUGAAACCACCAGAAAUUUUAGGUAUGGUUGAAGAAGCUGCUGGCACUAGAAUGUUUGAAAUUAAAAGGCAGGCUGCAAUAAGGUUAAUUGAAAAGAAAGAUGCCAAAUUAUUGGAAUUAGAUAAUAUCUUAAAAGAAGAAGUAUCACCAAAACUUGAAAAAUUACGUGAAGAAAGAUCGCAAUACUUAGAAUACAAAAGAGUCGAAAGAGAACUGGAGCAUAUGUUAGCAUUGUUUAUAAUAUGGAAAUACUUCUCUACAAAGAGGGCAGGUAUCAAGGUGAACGAAAAUCUAAGUAUUGAAAACGAGAAAAAGGAAGAAAUCGAAAGAUUAAUUAUAGAAAAUGAGGCGGCCAUUCGUGCUAUUGAACAAGCAGUGGCAGAGUAUCAUGCAUCUGGUAAAAAUGAAAUAUCUGACAAACUGAAACAACUUAACACCGAAUAUGAUUCACAGACAAAAAUGUUUACCAAAUCGGAAGUUACUGUGAAAGAUAUUCUAAAUAAUAUUAAGAUGGAAAAGAAUAAAAUAAAACAAUUAGAAAAGAGUAUUCAACAAGAUUCAAAUAGCCUCGAGGUGAAACAACAAGAAAAGGACAAUUUACAGUCGGUAUUUGAAACUCUUAAAGAGAACUACACCCGCGAUACUGAAGCAUAUCUUCUUUCACAGCGCAAAUUUGAAGCCCUGUCCUCCGGUAUGGAGAUAAAUGAUGCUGGAGAGGCAGAGACUUUACAGGAGCAGCUUAUUAAUGCAAAACAAGCGGCUGCGCAGGCCAGCACUGAGAGUAAGCAGGCGCAGAUGCAGCUAACGUUUUGCCAAAAUGAAGUUGCUAAGAAAGAGAAGGUUCUUUCUUCUACUACCCAGGAUCAUAACAACGAUCAGGUUGUUCUGCAACAAAUGCAAAAAGAAGUGGAGGCACUAGAACAGCAAAAGUCGAAAAUAAAUUUUGACCCUAGUAAAAUGCAGCAACUGUCUGACAACAGGCGUAUGCUUCAUCAAAAAUGCAAGCAAUUGAAAGAUCGCGUCGAGAACUUCGAGGAUCAGUAUCCUCACACUCGUUUUAACUAUAGUCUCCCUGAUAGAAACUUUAAUAAAGAUUUAGUAAGUGGAGUAGUAUGCAAUCUGUUUCGAUGCAGAGAAUCCAUUCAUACAACUGCACUUGAGACCGUCGCAGGAGGAAGGUUGUUCAACGUGGUGGUAAACGACGACCAAACAAGUAGAGCCCUUCUCCAACGCGGCCAACUAAAAUCGCGCACUACUUUCAUUCCAUUAAAUAAAAUCCAGGGAAAGAAGAUGAAUCAUCGUAUUGUUGAACUGGCUCAAGACCUAGUGGGCCGUGAAAACUGUCAGCCGGCAAUUUCACUUAUUGAUUACGACCCUUAUUUGCAACCAGCCAUGGAAUAUGUAUUCGGUAACGUGUUUGUUUGCAAAGACAUAAAUGUGGCCAAACGGAUCACUUUUGACCCUCGCAUAAGAAAGCGUUGUGUUACAUUGGAUGGAGAUAUCACUGAUCCGUCGGGUACAUUGAGUGGAGGCGCCCGCCGUCGUGGCGGUUCAUUGUUACUUCUUUUAAAAGAAAUUCAAGAAUGUGAGAGAGAAUUAUUUGAACGAGAACAAGAACUCAACACGGUUGAGACGAAUUAUCGUUAUAUGGCAAAAUUUGAAGAACAAUUCAUGUCCGUCAAGAACGUACUAGAAUUAAGAUUACACGAAGUAAAUCUGUUGGAAGAGAGAGUUAUGAAUUCAACAUAUCAUAGACAGCAACAAGAAUAUGAGAAUCUCAAAAAGCAAAUUGAUGAGCUCAAAAUAAAGACGAAAGAAUGCAAAGAAGCAGAAGAGAUUGCUAAUAAAAAGGCUAAAGAACUGGAAGCCAAAAUGAAAGACUCAACAGGUUGUAGGGAUAGGAUGCUUAAAGAAGCUGAAGCGGAAAUGAAAGCGUUAAAGACUAAAGCAGAGAUUAGUUCAAACAAAUGGAAGCAACGGGAAGUAGAUUAUGAGACUUUGAAUUUAGAUAUCGGCGAGUUGGAAAAAUCUGUUGAAAGUAGUAAAGAACAAAUACAAAUUACAGAGGAGAACAUAAAAACUCUAACACAGAAACAUGAGGAAGAAAUUGAAAAUUUUAAUAAAAUAAAGGAGACUAUGAAGGAAUUGAAAAAUGAGCUAGAAAAAGGUGCAAAGAUUUUAGCUGAACAAAACAAACAAAUGCAACAUAAAGUUAAACAAAAAGAGAAAUUAGCGGCUAAGGCGCAAGAAAUGAAACUUGAGGCUAAAAAGUAUGAAAUAGAAAUCACAAAAUUAGAAAAAGAAAAAGUUAUGUUAACAGAGAAGCAACAUGAACUCUCGAAACAAAUUAAAGACAAUUCCAGGUUUAGAAAGGAAGCUGAGGGAAUGAGUGAUCAUGAAGGAAGGGAGCUGGAACGGAGGAUAAAACAUGCACAAGAAAGGAAACAAAAAUUAAUGCGUACUAUCAACGCGAAAGCACAGGCAUUAUUUGAUCAUGAAGAGAAAAAAUACAAUGAUUUAAAACGGAAAUAUUCCAUCGUUGAAACGGACAAAAAAAAGUUGUUAACUGUACUCAAGGAUCUUGACGAGAAAAAGAAGCAGUCACUUCGACUAGCACAUGAACAGGUUUCAAGAGAUUUUGGCUCUAUUUUCAGCAUCUUGCUACCUGGCGCAAAUGCAAAACUCGUAGCGCCGCAGGGUAAAACCAUAUUACAAGGUAUGGAAAUUAAAGUGUCACUUGGUGAUGUAUGGAAAGAAAGUUUAACUGAAUUGAGCGGAGGUCAACGAUCGUUAGCUGCUUUAUCUCUUAUUCUGGCGAUGUUGCUGUUUAAGCCCGCUCCUUUGUAUAUUUUGGACGAAGUGGAUGCUGCUUUAGAUCUGUCUCACACACAAAAUAUUGGCAAAAUGUUGAAAUCACACUUCAACAAAUCCCAGUUUAUUAUUGUGUCCUUAAAAGAUGGGAUGUUCAACAAUGCCAAUGUUCUUUUUCGUACUAGAUUUAUGGAAGGAGUUUCUUCUAUUAGUAGAACAGCUAAUAAAACUAUUAAAUGAGUGCCUUUGUUUAUAUUUUUUUAUAAAAUACAUUUUAAUAAAAUAUUGUUUUACUUCA